UAAUGAAGAAGAAGCAAUCAAGAUGGUUUAUUUGGUUUAUUUUUGUUAUUUUAACAAUUUUCUAUAUUCUACUGAAUGAACAAAAUACUGCCUUAAAAAAAAGAAGCAUCACGCUUUCGCCUAGCAUUUUCUUCGAAGAAAAAGUGAAAAGUCGUAUUAAGAAGAAGGUAAUUAUUUUCGUUGGUAUCAUGAGUGCACCACAGAGAAAAGAGCGUAGGAAUGCGAUCAGAACAACAUGGUUGAAACAAUGUCGAAAAAACAGCAUACCUUGCCUGUUUUUCACAGAUGCUCGGGACAUGUAUGGCAACCUUUUGCCACCGACAAUUCGCGCACCACUCAUGAAAGAGCAAUCGAUUCACAGGGAUUUGAUCCUAGCACAAAGUCCUGGAGGUAUUAAUUUUGCUCUCCGAUAUCUGUGGAUGCUAAACUGGGCAAAUUCUCGUUACAAGUUUGAAUAUUUUUUGCGCGUCGACGAUGAUUAUUUUGUGUGCAUGGAUAGACUUGUGCGUGAGUUACCAUAUCGUUCACAAAAAAAACUAUACUGGGGUUAUGUACAUUGUUCGCCACCGGGCGGCAUCAGAGUUGACGAAGGCUUUGUAAUCGUUAGCAAUGACCUGGCUCAACAUUUUCUCCGCGAACGAAAUUCAUCUCUCAUGUGCCACCCGUACGGUGACCAGGCGAUGAUUAUGUGGAUUAACAAUAUUCCAGGGGUAACGUACUUUGGAGACCCAAGGGUGAUUAAUGACGUUGUGGACUACACUUCUAUAGUAAAGACGGGUGAUAUUUGUGCCAGUUUUUUAGGUGUGCAUGGCAGCUAUCCAUGGAAAAUGAAGAAAUUCUGGUCACAGUUUUUGGAAAUGAGAACUGAGACGUACCAUGUACCUGAAAUAACUUAUCCGUGCGGCUCUCAAAGCAAGACUUUCGUGUACAAAAAUUUUGGAGGAAUGUUUUAUGCAGUGCCAAGGCCUUGUAAGGAAAACCCAGCGUGGCAGAUAGGUGAAUUUUAUCAAGGAAGGGAGAGCUGAGCCGAUCAGAUGGAAUGAAAUGCUAGUGUCCUUAACAUGGCUGAAGUAUUCAAAUGAUAACAUGUUGUCGUUGACUAUAAAUAUUUAUUAAAUUUUGCAUAAGUCUUCUUGGAAAAUAUCUAUCUUCCUGGAAAAAUUUAUCAAGGUUUUUAUGAUAAAUGCCUUUGUUACAAUUACAUAUGAUACUUGCAAAUUUUAGUGAUUUUCAUAGAAAGAGCUUUUCAGGAAUUUGUGUUUUAUAUUAUUGCUUUGUUUCCUGAUGACAUGUUAAAGCAGGAGUAUUUACUUCACAGACAUUCGGUCCCGUUCGAAAUCCAAGGAAUAUCAACUUUGCUCUACAUUGUUUGUAAAUGUUGUACAGGCCACUGCACAAUACAAGUUAAAUAUAACUCUUAAGCGUUUAUGAUGACUAUUUUUUAUGUGUAGACGUGUAUAACUACUAAAUGUAAUACUUUCUAAUUUUAAAACUUUCAUAUGUUCGCUUGAGAAAUUUGAUUACAAGAGUUUUUAAAACGA